AUGGAAGCUUGCAUUAUUAAGAGAUUACUUACUUUAGAUAAAAAGGAAAUAAUAACGUUUGGAAGUGAGCAAAUUUAUGAUUACUUUUUGGCUCAGUGCAGUAUUAGUUUUGGUGAUAACUAUUCACUCCAAUGGUAUGUUAUUGGUAAACAAAUUUAUUUCCAACUGAAUCUUUCUAAUAUUCCAAGUGAGGAAGAUUUUUGGAUUGGUAUUGGAUUUAGCAAAGUUCAGGUAAAUUCUCCGGUAGAUGAAAGUGAAGUUGUGGCAGUUUUACGACUUCUUGGCAUGGUUACACUGGAAAAAUUUCAAGUCAAAAAUAGAAAAAUGCUAUCAGCUCAUUCGAUAAGUGAAGAAAACGAUCAAACUCUUCGAACUUACAUUUCUAACGAUACAACCUUUAUAAAUGCAAAUUUUAGUCGACCACUUCAUUCGGAUUCUACUUUUGAUUAUGAUAUUAGCAACUGCGCUAUUUGGACGUUUUACACUGAACCAGUUCUGAUGAAUGAAAGUUUUGUUGACCCGAUAUUCGAUGCUCUAAUUUGUAAUGUAUCUGUGUUAUGUGCAAAAGAUUCAUUACAUAAUUUCUCGCACAUUUUAAAUGAUGUAAAUCGUAUUCGUCGACAAGUAACACCACUCAAUCCAAGUCAGCAAAUGAAUCAAACAAGUAAUCGGAAUCUACCGGGAUUGUAUAAUCCUGUUAUCAAUCCACAAUCAACUAAUUAUACUGCUGUGUUACAACAAAAUCAAGAAGCAUUAGAGCAAUAUAAAGAUAUCUCUACUUUGCUUUCCAAAAAUUAUUUAUAUUAUAUUUAUUAUUAUCAAUUAAAACAAUUAUUCGAAACAAUUGAAAUAAAUUCUGUUGUUACCAAUUUUAAUUUUUCAGAUCCAUCUUGCAAACUUCCUGAUCCAUACUGGUGUGAAAGAUAUGUGAAGCAGUAUUUAUACUGGCAAGAAACUUAUAAUCACCUUUCUUUAAGGGUAUUUUGUUUUAGUACUGAAAUCAUUUAA